AUGCUUGCGGGGCUGGUGUUCUCAUUGCCAGCUCUAGAUUGGGAUGCCACACUGGAGCAUUGUGAGCUUUUCUCGGGCCGGGCUGCCGUGACCAUGGCAGAGCGGGAGGAAGGACGAGCCUGCGCAGCGUUCGAUUACACCUAUGACAACAUCUACCAUGAUAUGAACGGGCCCGAAGGAUUCACCCAUGCACUCUACCAUGUUCUGCGGCUUGAGCCGGGGUCAUUCCUGACCUUAGCUCCAGUUUGUUCAACUUGGGUGUUUAUGUCAAGAGGAUCAACUGGGCGGAGCAAAAGCUUUCCUUUGGGCAACCUGUCGGCUCCAAGCGUUCAGGCUGGCAAUUGCAUGGUGAGUCGGUGUGCCAUCCUUUUGCUCUUGGCUGCAGCAAAGGGCGUUUGGUUUUGCCUGGAGCAACCACGGGGUUCCCUUCUGGAGUAUCACCCUUUGAUUCAAUGCGUAUUGAAAUUGAUCAAGAUCUACCGCACUCACAUUCGAAUGUCGGAUUUCGCGGCCAACUCUGAAAAGGGUACCUGGUUGUAUUCAAAUCGCAAAGAAAUCGAAGACAUUGUGGACUACAAGCCUCUUCGGGUGCCCAAGCGCCCACGCAAGCAGUUGGUGGUCCACUAUUUGGAUCGAUCCGGGAAGUGGAGGAUCAAGGGUUCUCGAUGCCUGAAAGGUAGUCAAGAGUUUGGGCGCGCUCUGGCGCGACUGCGGACCUCCAAUCAGAGCAAGGUCACACGCGAUGCCCGCAGAUUCCUGCGGGAUGCUGCUUUGGAAAGCGCGGGUGAAGACGAUGGCAAAGCUAAGAACUUCACAAGGGAGUUCAACCGUUGGGUGAGGGGCGCAAACCUAGAGCCUGUGUUUCAAUACUUAACACAGUGA